AUGGCUUACUACGAGAACGCACCUUGGUCCGCGCCCGGUCGCCAGCCGUCCUGGGAGACGCCCGCGCCCCCGUCGCGCUCUGGCACUUCUUCGACCGUCCAGCGCGAGGAGCCCACUGCCUUUGGGUCUCAAAUAGAGGAGGUCGAGCGUGCCAUUGACAACCUCUAUAAGAGCGGCAAGAUGCCCAUGUUCGGCGUGAACCCCAUGAUGGGUCCUCGCCGCGACUCGAUGCCUCCCACCGUCGGCGGCCGGGCUUACGGCGAAUUCGACCCUCGCAUGGCCGGCGGCCAGCGUCAUCACUCGGUCAGCGACUACGACGGCAUCCGCUCGCAUUCGGCCCAGAACCUCCAAGGCUUCUACGCCAACCAGCGAUUUGCGCCUCGUCCCAACGACGCCGACCAAAUGAUGCAGGCGAAGCGGCGCAUGGCUGCGCAGCGGGAGCGGGAGCUGCGCAACUACCAUCAGGAGCAGCAAUACAACCGGAAUAUCUCGGGAGCCAAGUCCGACCGUUCCAUGUCCCCCAAUGCCAUGAGUGAGGAAGACCGCCGUGAGCUCAUUGCGCGCCAGCAUCGUGCCUUGUACGGCGAUGGCUCGGCCAUCUACGAGGGCGGCAACCGCACGUCGAGCCAGGAUGUCCGGGUCGCGACGACGCUGGCCGGCCGCAACAGCUCCCCGCUGGCCUUUGAUCCUUUCGGCAUGCAGGGCAAGAUCGGCAGCCAGGGCGACUCCUCGGUCCAGAUGCCGGCUCGUGACGGCAAGGAUGCCAAUGCUGGCGCGCAGCGCUCUCGCGCCAACAGCACCUCCUCGCCGUCGUCCAACCCGACCGGCUCCUUUAGCCUGUUCGAGACGGCGCAGCAGUCGAGCCGGACCUCGACGUCGUCGCCCACCGGCGCCUCGCCGCCCCGCCAGUCGAUCAUUGCGCCAGGCGCCGGCGUCGCGCCCAUUGGCACGCGUCCCGCCCAGGGCGUCGCCCAGGCCGCCAACCCGGCCCUCAGCAAGCGUUCGACCACGCCUCUGCCGUCGCCCCUGAGCUUCGGCUUCACGGCCACCGACGCGGCCAUGCACAGCGCCAACGAGCGUUCGGGCUCGACUUCGUCCAACCCGACGUCCAGCGUCGCUGACAAGGGCGUCAGCCUCAGCGGCUGGGGCAGCAACAGCGCUGUCUGGGGCACUGCUUCCAAGAACACACUGGGCGUUCAAGCGUCCGUUUGGGGUUAA